UAUUCGAGUGUCUGCGAUAACAGUGACAACAUGGAGUUCUUCAAGUCCUUUCUUCGCGUUAUUGGAUUGCUGCAACCCGCCAAGGUAGAUUUCAUCUCUGAACUGCCAUUGGAGGUGUCGCAGUUAAUUCUACGCAAGUUGGAUCCUGAGUCUCUGCUGAGUGUUGCUCAAGUAUCAAGCAAGUGGCUGAAUGUUUGUAGCUCUGACAAGAGACUACGACAAACUGCAAGACGUUACCAGCGACGUAACAGGAAGGAAAUGAGAAGAGCCUUUUUAGGAGAACUUUCGACUGCUCAAUGGAGGCUAGACGUACCAAGAAAGCUACCUGAAACGAAGAUGAUGCUCAGAAACGUGCCUCGAGCUAGGGUCGAAGUUGCAGUCGUGUUUGGAAGAGCUCAACGUCUUAGGAAUCUUCCAACACGCGGUGAGGUAAGAUCUAAUGUUAGAAUAAGAUCCAACGGAUGUAUUAGAAUGUAGUAUAAUAAAUUUUAUUGUGACAUACCUGCUCGUGCAUGCUUAGCAGUGAAUUUUAAACUAAAAUUGAACUUUAAAACUUUAGCAUUA